AUGGAGGCAACAAGUAGGAAAGAAGGAGCUCAGCACCAGGCUCUUACUGUGAACAUUCUUUGGCAAGUUUGGAAAGCCAGGAAUGAGAAGAUUUUUAACAAUAGAUGUCGUCACCCUUUUGAAAUUGUACAGAAAGCUCACUUCGAAUGGAUCGAAUACAUUGAAGUGCUCCGUGGACAACAGCAAAUGAGCAAUCUAGAAACAACGGCAAGGAUAGAAGAGCAGCAGAACGGUAGUGCGGACAGUAACAUGAUGCUCGUUACAGUGGACAUCAAUCAUCCAAACGAAGGGAAGCCAUUAGGAUCAAAGUAUAUAUUUGACACAUUUCAUUACAGUAAUAGGAGAAGAAGCAGAAGUCCACAUAUGUACAUGAUGGAGAAUUCAGCUGAUGAAAAUGGAAACACGAUCACAAAGCCUUUACUUGAUGAUGAUAAUAACAGUUCUUCAGCAAAGGGUGGCUUCAGAACCAUCCCAUUCAUUUUAGCAAACGAGUCUUUUGAGCAGGUGGCAAGCUAUGGACUACAGCCCAACAUGAUUCUGUACUUGACAAGAGAGUACCAUUUGAAGAUGACUACUGGUUCCAACAUAAUCUUUCUUUGGUCGGCAGCAACAAAUUUCAAGCCCCUUCUGAGUGCUAUAGUUGCAGAUAUAUUUGUGGGUCGAUUUCGGAUGAUCUUAUUUGGAUGUGUUUUCAGCCUUCUGGGUAUGGCUCUUUUAUGGUUAACAACUAUGAUUCCCCAAACAAGGCCGCCUCCAUGUGAUGAAUCCAGCAAUAAUUGUAGCUCUGCGACAACUUUGCAACUCUUUCUCUUGUGUUCUUGUUUUGGACUUAUGUCUAUUGGAGCUGGAGGAACUAGGUCUUCAUCCUUGGCUUUUGGUGCUGAUCAGUUGAAAAAAGCAGGUGGACGCAGGAAUGGAUGGAUUCUUGAGAGCUAUUUCAGCUGGUACUAUGCUUCAUGCACAAUUUCUGUUUUAAUUGCUUCAACUUGCAUUGUCUAUGUACAAGAAAAGAUGGGAUGGCAAGUUGGUUUUGGCAUUCCAGUCAUUCUCAUGUUCCUUUCAGCUCUGUCAUUCUCCCUGGCUUCACCCUGUUACGUCAAAUUGAAGGCUAAGUCAACCAUAAUUGUUGAAUUGCUUCAAGUGGCUGUUGCCUCUUGUAGAAAACGACAUAUAGAUCUAUCGACAGAGAGCUCAAACAUGAUAUACCAUCACCAGAAGGGUUCAUCGAUUCUUCCAAGUGAAAAACUAAGGUUCUUAAAUAAAGCCUGCAUCAUAGUAGAUCCUGAGAAAGACUUGACAACAGAUGGAAGGGCAGCAGAUCCCUGGACUCUUUGCACAAUAAAUCAAGUUGAGGACCUUAAGACGCUUCUCAAAGUGAUUCCCUUGUGGUCAACAGGAAUGAUAAUGUCGGUAAAUAUUAGCCAGAACUCAUUUCCUGUACUUCAAGCAAAUUCCAUGAACCGGAGGUUUGGUUCAAGCUUCGAAAUACCAGCCGGUUCUUUUGGCAUGUUUACCAUAAUCAGUAUCAUAAUAUGGAUUGCUCUUUAUGACCGCGUAUUCCUGCCUAUUGCAUCCAAAAUCAUGGGGAAACAUGUUCAUCUCUCAGCGAGGAAAAGAAUGGCAAUUGGAAUGCUCCUGUCUUUCGUAUGCAUGGUAGUGACAGCAACUGUGGAGGCUAAACGGCGUAAUCUGGCAAUCAGGGAAGGAUAUUCAGAUGCUUCAGAAGCAGUGGUGGACAUGUCAGCUCUUUGGCUUCUUCCUUUGGACUGCUUGAUUGGCUUUGCAGAAGCCUCAAGUGCAGUUGCACAAAAUGAAUUCUACUAUUCUGAGUUUCCCAGAAGCAUGAAAAGUAUAGCUUCCACUUUGUUCUUACUUGAGACGUCUGUGGCAAAUUUGGUAGCAAGUUUUCUUAUGAACAUCAUUGACAAACUCUUAAAACGAGGGGGAAAAGAAAGCUGGAUUUCAACCAACAUAAAUAAGGGUCACUAUGAUUAUUACUAUUGGGUUCUUGCUGGCUUAAGCAUGCUUAACAUGAUUUAUUUCCUUAUUUGUAGUAAGGCUUAUGGUCCUGGAAAAGAAGAUAAAAAAGAGAAAACUCUUCCUGGACAAGAUGAACAGGAUUAAAGGUCU